GUAGCCCCGCCCACCUUCAAUCGCUCUCUCUCCGUACGGGACCGCAAUGAUUUAAAAGUUCAGGAAUCCCACGUGACGUCACCGCGGGGGUGAUGUAAUGCUUCUGUAAAUAGAACGUAUUGUAAUCUCGCUCCAGUCCAACGUGGUUCCUCCGCGGAGCGCCGCUCGUCCCGCACUGCUUGUAGGCUUGUGUGUGACAUGAAUGACAAACAGGACAGGCCAUAUGUGUGCGGCGCCCCGGGCUGCUCUCAGAGCUUCCACCUGGAGGAGCAUCUGAUCGUCCACAGCCACAAGCAUGAGAUGACGCUCAAGUUCCCCUCCAUCAAGAUGGACACGGCUUUUACAGACCAGACUCCAACACCAACAAGAUUUUUGCAGAACUGUGAAGAGGUCGGUCUGUUUAAGGAGAUAGAGGAAGAGUUUCUUCAAGAGCAAGAGGAAGAAGAAAAAAGCAAACAGACGCUUUCCCAUAACGGGCCUGGGUCCUGUAUGAACCAUCACCAGCUCAAACCCCAGCUUCCGCUCCAACACCCACCCCAGCCCCAGCACCCGCUGCACCUCCCCCAGACCCAGCCCCUGCAGCAUCCCCAGUCCCAGGGCCCGAUUAUGGGGCCAAGCUGCAGUCUGGCCGCCCAGCACUCUCUGUCCUCCUCCCAGGCUGGAUCAGUCAUCACGCAGGCUUCCUCAGGGCCAGUACCCGGGCCGCCGUCCUCCCUCCUCCACAUGCGGAACAGACACAGACAACCGCUGCCAGCCUCCUUACCUGGCACCCUGCCAGACCCCGCCAUGCAAGGGGCAUCUGCGCAGCACAUGCCUAUAGAAAAGCAGAUGCCGUGUGUGAUGGGUAUACCAGGUCCUGUACACAGCCCCUCCUGCUCCACAGCUCAGAGAUCCAAACAGACACUGGGCCAUCAUUUCCAACAGCACCAUCCAGGGAUGGUCGCCAUCAACAACCCUGUUACAUCCAUGGGUCAUGUGAUGGACAUGAUGUCACAACGUCAUCAGGCGCCUCCGCUCCAACAUCCCCACCAUCCUCACCAUCAUCAUCCUCAUCAUCCACAGCUUGCAGCUCCACCCCUCACUUACCACCAACGAUGCCAUGCCCCUCCCCCACAGCUCCUGGGAAGCUCCCACGGCCGCCAGCUUCGCCAGCCAGUGAACGCGCCGCACGCUCAGGCUCACCAGUCGCCACCGUCCCACCUGCACCGGGCCUCCCCUCCUGCACCCCCUCUACCUGUGCCCGCACAGUUGUCACCUGUUGCGCAGCAGAUGCAGCCCUCCCAGUCGCCACAUUCCCAGCAUGCAAUGCAGGCGAGCAGCGGCUGCGGCGGCGGGGGGGGCGGAGGCCGCCGCAGGAGGACGUCCGAGCAGGACCCCGACGAGCGCAGGCAGAAGUUCCUGGAGCGCAACCGGGCCGCCGCCACCCGGUGCCGCCAGAAGCGGAAGCUGUGGGUGUCGUCGCUGGAGAAGAAGGCGGAGGAGCUGACGCACACGAACCUGCAGCUACAGAACGAGGUGACGUCGUUGAGGUCAGAGGUGGGUCAGCUGAAGCAGAUUCUGCUCACACACAAGGACUGUCCGGUCACCGCCCGGCAGAGAAAGGCGGAGGGGUACCCCACUGCAGGGGUGAGUCCGGGAGGAAGUCCCACCCCUGCAUGUCCAGGGUCUCAUCUGCAGGCCAUCCAACACAACAGCAUCUCCACCUCGACAGCUGGAGGUGACACAGGGCACGACCCCCAGUCCGGACAAUAGCCCUCAUCAUAAAGACCAUGAGCUGGGACUGAAUAAUAUUUCUGUUAUAAUUACACUCAGAUCCAUGCCUUUGUACAUAGAAAGGUACUGAAUUUGACAUGUGAAAUGAUGAAUUCAUCAUCAUUGUUAAUUUCUCAAGAGGGAGACCAAAACCACAUGCUGAGAGACACUCAGUUUUAUUUCUGUGGCAGGUGCAAGAGUGAAAGCCUUAAGAACUGAGAUGGUUACAUGGCAACGGAUCAUCUGUUUAGCCAGAAAAAUAUUUGAUUCUUUUUACAGCAAUUAGGUUGUUGGCUGCUACCCACUGACUGCGCACACAAGAUCAUAACGCAUUUCAAGCUCUCUUGCUCUUACAUUGUGCACUAAUUACAAAAUAUACAUAACAGUAUAGAAUUUUAACAGGUUUUAUUUGAUGUAAAGGCAAAUGUGUGUAUUUUUAUAAUAAAAAUAAUAUUGAUAAUAAAAUGUCAAA